GUCCGCUGCGAUAGGCGCGAUCCAUGUGGCAACUGUCAGGAUGCGGGCAUCUCAUGUUGUCGUCGGCGCGAUAUGAAGCGUAGAAGCAAAAGCACUCGCCGCCAGGAGUAUCGGAACAACCACUCUCCCCACAGCCCCCGACUUCAAACAAUACUUGAUUGUCAGUUCAAUGCAAAUCUUGCAGAAAUUAGCGAUGAUACUUCGGCCGAAUUUAUGCCAGAGUCCUCCAUUCCAAGUCAUGACCCGGGCGACUUCUAUGAGCCAGGGACGAGAACCUCGUAUGAUCCAGCCUAUGAUGCGCAAAUGACAGUUCAGCACCAAUUGCAACAUCUGCAAGGCCUCACUAUGGAUAGACGUAGGGUGCUCGAAUCGGCCUUGUCUGUCAUUGGGAUAUUGUCUGACCAUUCGAGAGAACUUGUAGAAGGCAACCAGAGUAAUGACCCGGGGGAGGCAUUAUCUCGAAUUCCUUCCACUGAACUUCUCACCUGGAUGUUGAAAGAUAUCCAAAGUGAUAGAUUUGGGGCGUUUAUUGCGGAUUACUUUCGACAUAUAUCAAAGCCAACAUUGAAACGAAUGGGCCUUUCACUCCUUCACAACAAAGCAUCGCCACACGAGUCUAAAAUCUAUACUGUCUGUGUCAAUGCUAUCGCCUAUAGGUUUCUCACAACUGUGCUUAACUUUGUAGACGACUCCGAACUCGUCCUUGAGCUAAAGAAGAGUGCCACAGAGUAUCGAGUAGCCGCCCAGGCUGCAUUAAAGCAGAUACCACUUCUAACAACACCAUCCAUUGGACUUCUACAGGCUAUUAUCUGUGGGGUUUUUCUUUACCAAGUGUGUGGCGACGUUGAUUUGAGCGGCGACCUCAUCAAAUCCGCCUGUAAAAUCUGCAUCGACUUGGAUCUUCACAACACGGCUCUUCAUGGAAACGCAACGGAGGAAGAGGUUUUCUGCUUUAUUCGGUGCUACACAUUGAGCAGAAACUAUGCGUUCAAAUCACGGAAAUUGUGGUGCCGUCUCGACGUUCAACUACCAUCCAAUCUCUGCGACUUAUACCCUACUUACCCUCCUAUAUCUGAACUCUUACUCAUUUAUCUAGAUCUUGCCCACGUACAAGAUACAAUAAUAUCCUGUCUACCGGGUCGCUCAUUGACUGACGAAUAUGUAUUAUCACUUCAUCAUACCGGAAACUACAUGUUACGGAAGAUGCAAUACAUUAAGGGAAGAAUGAGCCAGAUCUUUUCGUUCUCUUCUCAAUGGAAAGGUCUUGACUCCGAGGCGGAAAUAUCCACCCUGAAGUUCGCCUACCAGUCAGUCAUGACCACAAUCUUAUAUGUCCUACAGACGGGCAAAGCUCAAGCACCUGGCACAACAGAGAGUUAUCUGCAGUCUGCUCGUCAAGAACUCUUGGCCCUGGUAUCUAUGUGCCAAUCGGCCCAGAAACAAACUGCGGUCAACCUUUUGAAUCGCACUGUCCUGCUCUACCCUGCGACAGCAUAUCUUGUUGUAUUCUGCAAUUUCGUUGCUACAUCCGACAUUAGUGAUUUCAACCUCAUGAACGCUAUAGUUGAUUGCCUAGCUCAAAGUGGACUUAGCCAUCCCCUUUUGGAAUUGCGAACGCUCUUUCAGAAGAUUUUAAGUCUUUCUCGGGGGGUUUUUAAUGAUGAAAGGAGCGCCAUGCAGAUAAUUCCUUUGGAGCCUCAGUCAUACAGUUCGUUGUCCAAUCCGGUGGGCAAUCCAUUUUCAGUCCAUUGGAAUGCAAAUGAGUAUGUUUUCAACGAGUUCAUAUCGACUGGAGCAGAGAAUUAUUCUGGGGUGUUCAGUAUGCCAGAGACGGAGCUUUUUCUGGAAUAUAGUGAUUCACCUAUUUGA